CAGUAAUACUGCAUGGGGUGGAGGCUACAUUUUUCAUUGGUACCUCACAAAAAUAAUGCAGUAAAGUAGUUUUUGUAAGGGGAGGGUUUAAAUGUUAAAUAACAAAAUACAAAUAAUAUAGUUACAGUUAACCUUGACACAAAAACAAGACUGCACUGCGCUGAAUGAACGAAAUUAGCACAUACGUUUACCCACAAACAAAUAAGUGGGACAGAGGUCGUUUUUUUUUUUUUUGUUUCCCUUCAUACGAUAAUCAGUGCGACACUGAAAGUGGCAAGUUUUCAAGAAAGGCUGACAAACCAUGUACAAGUACAUUAGAAGGGGUGUGUGGACCAGGACAGAGUUGUUAUCAAGAGGUGCAUGGAAUGAUACACACAGUGAAUGCAGAAGGACAAGUAGAUGCCUUUCUCUAAUACACACAUGGAGGCCACAGAAACCCAUCACACAUCCAUUCACAAGGACAUUGCUCAGGAGUAGCCAUGUACGAAGCAGACAAUUGCCCAAUUCCUUUCCAGUUUUAGAUGGAGCUAUCCAGCCAAUUCACAGACAUGUGUAUGAAGCAAAUUUCCGCAACAGUACAUCUUGUCAUGCAAGGUACUCUGAGUGUAUGGAGAAAGUGGGGAAGGGAGGAGGGGACAAUGCAGUCCUCCGCCACACACAGAGGAACAAGAAGCUGCUUGUCUGGGACAGACUCCGGCAGCUCCUGGAUGGAGAGGAUUUCCUCGAGCUGUCUCCCUUUGCUGGGCUGGGAAUGCCCUAUGGGGAUGUACCCUCGGCAGGGUGUGUCACGGGUGUAGGUAAGAUCAGCGGGCUGUGGUGUGUGUUUAUUGCCAACGAUGCUACAGUGAAAGGAGGCACUGCCUAUCCAAUCACAGUGAAGAAGCAGCUGAGAGCCCAGGAUGUUGCCAUCCAGAACAGUCUGCCCUGUGUGUACCUAGUAGACAGCGGGGGAGGCUUCCUUCCGCUUCAGGCUGAGCUUUUUCCAGACAAGAACCAUGGAGGGAGAACGUUUUACAAUGAAGCCAUAAUGUCAGCCAUGAAAAUCCCUCAGGUGGCGGUAGUGUGUGGUUCUUGCACAGCGGGCGGUGCCUAUAUCCCUACUAUGGCAGAGGAGACUGUUAUGGUGGAGAGGAUCGGGACAAUAUUCCUUGGAGGACCUCCUCUUGUGAAAGCGGCUACAGGGGAGGAGGUGACUUCCGAGGAGCUCGGAGGAGCUAGACUGCAUGCAGAAGUGAGUGGCUGUGUUGACCACUUUUCUGCCAAGGAACAGGACGCCUAUGAAUGCACCAGAAACAUCAUUACGACGCUGAACUUUGAGCUGCCACUGGAAGACCUUUCAGAAGAAGAGCCUCUGUACAGCUCCUCAGAGCUCCAAGGCCUGGCCCCCCGAGAUUACACACACACUCUGGACGUCAAGCUGAUUGUGAGCCGCCUCACAGAUGGAAGCCGGUUUCAGGAAUUCAAAGCCCGGUAUGGAACUACACUAGUAACCGGCUUUGCCAGAAUUGAAGGGCACCUAGUUGGUGUUGUGGCUAACAAUGGCGAGCUGACCUAUGAAGCCGCUCUGAAAGGCAGUCAUUUUGUGCAACUUUGUGACCAGCGUGGCAUCCCUUUGAUAUUUCUACAAAACACACCUCCAUACUCGGCCGUUACAGCAACCAUAUCUCAGGCAGAGAUCAACACUAACAGACUGAAGGCCCAAGCCUCCAUGAUGUCAGCUGUAGCCUGUGCUUCCACCCCCAAGAUAACUGUGGUCAUUGGAGGCUGCUAUGGAGGGGAAAGCUAUGCAAUGUGCGGAAGAUCAUUCGAUCCCAAUUUCCUCUUCCUGUGGCCUAAUGCCAGAGUGGCCGCUGUGGGUCCUGGCCAUUCAGAAGAGCUCUUACAGGGGGCAGAGGCUGAGGUUGCACUGAAGGAAAAGAACCAGAUGAAGAAAAGGUUGGAGGAGGAGAGCUCAGCCUUCUAUUCCUCUGGGAGGGUCUGGGAUGAUGGAGUGAUCUUGCCAAAGGACACCAGAAAGGUACUGGACAAGUGUUUGAGGAUAAUUAAACAGCAGGACUACCAGCUCACAAAAGGAAUACAGAGCGGCCCUGUUCUUAGAAUGUAACAAUAAAACUGUUCAAUAAAGCUGUUUUAAAGAUGAAGUACAAUCAGAACCACCCCCUCCCCCCGGUGUGCAAUGUGUGCAAUGUGUUACUAGUUUUGUGCAACUAUUCAGCAACGAUAACAGGAAAGCAGAAGGAUCUCAAUGACUGCACAAGGUCCAGGGUAGUGGGUGCUUGUGCAUCCGGCUUGUCUGUCAACGCAGUGCAUUGACCACUGUGCCCAUUCAGACAGAAGACCACAGACAGGCACAGCGUAUUGUGACAAACGGCCAAGGUGCGUCAAAUUACAGAACCCAGCAACGGUGUGGGGCGCUCUAACUGGUCCCACUAUCAAGGCCUUUCUCUGAACAACAUAGUUGAUGCAUAAAUAGGUAAUGCAUAAUUAACUAGUUCUGGGACUGUGUAGCCAUGGUAAGGAAUCUCUUUAGAAAAUAUUUGUUGUUCUUGUUAAAUCAAGUGUGAUGCAGUGUUAUUCAGAUUUGCUAAUCCAGUCUUGGCUUUGUGUAACAAGUAGAAAUAUUUAGGUCAGGAAAGUUUUGUU